AUGUCCCACCACUGUCACGACGAGCACCACGACCAUGGAGGCCAUGGCCACGACCACGGCGCACACGACCACUCGGACGACAUUACGCCGGCGCUGCAAUUCUCGCUCUACCAACACAUCAACUUUGACGAGAUCGUUACGUUUAAUGAGGCGCGGUUUGGUAUGGGCCGCGACGUCGUGAAGAAGACGUGGGCGGAGAGGCUCAAUAAUGAACCCGAGCUCGAAAGCGACGCCGACGAACAACUCAUUAUGAAUGUGCCCUUCACCGGCCAAGUGAAACUCCACUCCAUCUCCCUACGCACCUCCAACUCCCCCUCCGCCCCCAAAACCCUCAAAGUCUUCGUCAACCGCGACAAGCUCGACUUCUCCACCGCCGAAGAAGCCGAAGCCACCCAGACCUUCGAGCUCUCGCUCACCUCCGACGUCCAGGAGCUGCCCGUCAAGCGCGCCCUCUUCGGCAAGGUGCGCCGGCUGUCACUCUUCUUCGUCGACAACUUUAGCGAGGGUGAGGAGGACGUUUCGAGGAUCGCGUAUGUUGGGUUCAAGGGCGAGUGGAUGCAGCUGGGGAGGGCGCCGGCGAAUAUCUUGUAUGAGGCGGCGGCGAACCCGAGUGAUCAUGAGGUGAAGGGCGUUGGGGUGAAUAAGAUGGGGUAUGGGAUUGGUGGGGGAGGGAGGGGGAGCGGGUUUUAG